UUCUUUUUCACAGCUGCUUUGUGUUUCAGUACAGCCAUGGCUGGACUCAACAUCUUGGUGGCUUUCUUUGCAUCAACCGUAGCCCUGUGCCAGCUUCUUCGCUGGGCUAGCAGAAGGUUCCUGCCUGAUCGGCUCUAUCAGUGCACGGCCAGUGAGUUGGCCAGUUCAUUUCAGUUAUGUGCUUGCUGUCUGGAGCUGCGGAUGCUGCUGGAAAUUGGUAUGUGGGGAGGUGGAUAUGGCCCUGAUGUAGUCACAACACUGCUGUUUCUUCUGUUCGUUGCCCAUGGAUUCACUUUUAAUAAAGCAUCAGGCAACUCUGCAGUGUCACUGCAGGAUUUCCUUCUCCGUGACUCUCCUCUUUUAGACACUGUGGCUAAGUUACUGGCACAGUACAUGGGCAUGGAAGCUGCAAAAGUUCUAACGAAACAAUACUGGGCAUUGGAGCUCACAGAAUUCCACAUGAUUCAGAAUCUGAUGGCUCAGGACUGCAGCUCGUCUCUGCAAACCUCCGUUGCUCAUGGCGUCUUUGUUGAAGGAUUGUGCGCUUUCUGCUUCCAUUUGGUGAUCCUUCGCUUCAAGAGCACAAGGCUGAUCUACAGGGUUCCUAUAGUUGCACUUACUGUGUCUCUCCUGUCUUACACCGCUGGAUCGUACACUGGAGCUUUCUUUAACCCCACUCUGGCGGCCGCACUGACCUUCCAAUGCUCUGGGAACACCCUGACAGAAUAUUCACUGGUGUAUUGCUGUGGCCCUUUGACUGGCAUGGUGCUGGCCCUCUUUCUGUAUCAAGGCAACAUCCCCCUGCUCUUUCAGAGAAACCUGCUGUACUCCCAGAAGGGCAAAUACAAAACUCCAAAGACAAAAGCCCUUCAAGCCUCUACAGCAAAAGCUUCAGAUAAUCUCAAAUCUCCUCAAAAGAGAAAAGCACCUGAGAAGAAAGCUGCGCCAGAUGUGUCUAGGAAAGCAGCGACUUUACCAGCUCAGAAACGAAGCAGCUAAACAUCAGAGGGAUGAUGACGGGAGAAUGAAACAUAAGAGUCAUAACAUCCUUUUGGAAGAAUUUUGGAAGAAGGGAAUGAAUCUCUUUGAUUUUCAGAAAGUAUUGAUUUGCUAUUGUUUUUUUAUUGUUAGAAAUAUGUAACUACAGGUCCCGCAUGAAGUGUUGAAUGUUGUUGAUAUAAAAGGGAUAAACAGAGCUUGCAACAAC